AUGGAAACAAAAGAAGCAUUAAAAAUAUUAGGGUUAACCGGAAAUCCAACUCCUGAGGAAAUUAAGAAAGCCUAUCGAAGAUUAUCCUUAAAAUGGCACCCAGAUAAAAAUAUUACCAACCGAGAAGAAGCCGAAAAGAAGUUUAAGGAAAUAAGUAAUGCUUAUAAAAAGUUGAACGAAAUUGGAACAGUAAAAGAGUAUGUUUGUAUUUGGUGCGAUAAAGACUUUAAUGAGGACGAUAUUCCGUGUCAUUGUUAUCGGUGCGGAAAAUCCGCUACGGUAAUUUUUGUAGAAGGAAAAGGAAUGGGUAUUCACUCAUCGUACCCUGGAUUUUUCUGUGAUGACUGCUUUAGUUCUAUCAGCGGCCUUCCUAAUUGUCAAAAAUGUGGAAAUAAUAAUUCUGAAGACGGGGAAAAUACUUCUCCACCCCCCCCUAACAAUACUACUGAUAAUCAAGGUCGAGACUGGGCUAAUAUUUCCUUGGAUUUUCGACAAUUAAGAACCGAAUACCAAAAUUAUAAACCAGAAAAUAACAACCAAGGCUUACGAACUUAUGUCGAUAGUGCCAAUAAUGACUUUAAUUAUUGCUUAUUUGCUUCAUUAGAUAAUGAAUAUAUUAUUUAUAUUAGUAACGAACAUCCUGUUUUCCUAAUAAUUUCUCCGAAAAAUACUCUUGAUUAUAAAAUUUCUUGGAAAGACAAAGAUAAAAGAACAUUCGAAAAAGGCGAUUAUGUUGAAAUAACAGAAAUGCCUGGAACUAAUAAUCCUUCGCCUGCUAAUAGUAAUGGUAAUAAUAACUCACUGCCUCCUAAUAUCCCUUCGCCCUCUCUCCCAACCCAAGGAAGGGGAAAUAAACCUACUUUGGUUGUUGAUACGCAAAAGAUUACUAACUCUUCUUCCUUGGAGAAAGCAAAAAAAGAGGCCAAAAUCCAAAUUACUGAGUUACUCAAAAGAAAUAAGGAUAUAAAAAUAGACAGUUCUUUAUGA